AUGAAAGCGUCAAACUCGUCCGCAACAGUUCGAAUCAGUGCGCAAGCAGUUCAGACUUACCAACUGAUAAUCACCCUCUCCAAAUCCGCAGACUUCAUCAUGAGCUCUGGAAGUAUACCUACAUGGCGCAAUAGCACAAACAGCAGCGAACGACCAAAUAACCCUCGAAAACGACCGGCGCCCUCGGAUGCGCAAGAAGAGGCAUGGGUAGCUGAAGAAGACCAGUUUGUACUUCGGCAAGCGAAGAAGAAAGCUGCUCUUCGCGUGAAAGGAAAACGCCCAAAGCCUAUUGACUGGCUUGCAGUAACGCUGUCCUUUAUCGAUCCUACCAAAAAUGCUCUGGACGAGGACGAGGAUGACGCAGAUCUUGAAGUCACCGAUCCGGAAGGGCUCCUGGAGAGUCUCGACCAGCAGAGUCUCCAGGAGCUUGAAAAAGACAUCGACACUUAUCUGCACUUGGAACAGCACCCAUCGAAUAGAGAAUACUGGCAAACAAUGAAGCUGAUAUGUAAAGAACGCUUGGCCGGAUUCAGUUCUGGAGGCCGCUCUGCACGUGGAAUCGGCAGCGUCUCUGCUGAUGUGGAGAAACUCCUUGGACCUAAGACCUACGAGGAGCUCGAAGCGCUCGAGAAACAAAUAAGGAAGAAGCUGGACUCUGACGAGCCAAUCGAUGUGGACUACUGGGAACACCUGUUGAAAUCCUUAAAAACAUUUAAGGCUAGGGCGCGGCUGCGCAAAGUAUCCCAGGCUAUCGUAGAUAGUCGUCUAAAAGCUCUUAGAAAGGAACAAGAGAAUGAGGCGAGCCGCGCUCGCAUGAAACUUCGGGGGUUCGUCGAGAGUAUUCGCCAUCCUACCGUGUCUGAGAAAGGCACCCAUGCAUUCCUAGAUCCUGAGCCGUUACUCAAGCUAUCUCCAGAAGACAAAACUCUGGACUCUGUCGACGAACGCACUUUUCUUCAAAAGGUCACGCAGGAGCGGCAACGUAUUCACAAGUUGGGCUAUGUGCCAGCCAAUAAGAUCAUUCGCGAACGACCAACAGCUAAUCUACCCACGCCGUCUUCGGAAAGCCGUUCCACAACGGCCAUCUCCGCACUCACGUCGAAUGUGGAUGACGAGUCGUCUGAAAUGGCCAACGCUCAAUUUCAACGCGAAGUGGCUCGCGGUGUUCAGGAGAAUGAAGAAGUUUUCACAAACGAAGAAAAUAUUGCGGUAAAUUCCUCGAUUCCAGCUCAAAUGCAACUACGGAAACCCAAAUUUUUCAAUCGCGUUCAACUGGGCUAUGAGUGGAACAAAUACAACCAAACACAUUAUGACCAUGACAAUCCACCUCCCAAAGUUGUUCAAGGUUAUAGAUUCAAUAUUUUUUACCCUAAUUUGAUUGACAAGACGAAGGCGCCGACAUACAGAAUUGAGCGCGAGGGUGGUCGCAAGCGUGGCCAAACUGUUGCUCCCGCAGGCGAGGAUGACACGUGCAUCAUCCGCUUUAUAGCCAGCCCUCCAUAUCAAGAUAUCGCAUUCCGGAUAGUAGACAAAGAAUGGGACUACUCUGCGAAGAGAGAUCGGGGCUUCAAAAGCACCUUCGAAAAUGGAGUGCUUUCUCUUCAUUUCCAAUUCAAGAAAGUGUACUACCGCAAAUAAGCUGUCUGCCGGCGAGACCUGGCUGUUCCGUCUGCUGCCGUCCGCAUGGCCUGCCAUUCUACGAGCAUGGGUAGUGCUCCGAAACCACUAGCUUUAGAUCUUCUUCUGACUCAAUAUACAGAUGCUGCAAGAUCGCUCACAGCUUCACAUUAAUUUCCCGCCGCGUCCUAAUAAGCCCCAGGACUUGACAAGCCUUGUCCAUGGUGGCGUGGUUCGAUACACAAUUCUUCACGCUGCUCGACCCUCUGCAGCUUGCCGCGAGCUGUGCAACCUUUAUUCCCACGUAGUGACGAUGUCGUUACCCUAGUUGUAGCUAACACUCCCAACGUUUCGUCUUCAAACGGUAGGUAUUUAGUGCAGAGGUAGCUUCCGCAUCUGCCGAUGUGGCACAUCGCCAAAAUUGAAUGUAUCAUCGAGGAGAUAAAAGUGAAUCCGGAAACAUCUCAUAGUUAUACUGACAUGUAUCUGCCACGUGGGCAUUAGUUUUUGGGUGUUGCAAGCCAAACCAACAAUCAUCGCGCAUCUUUGCGUAGAAUGAGUCUAGGCCUGAGAGGGCCUAAAGCUGCACGCGGUGCGCGAUGAGCCUACCAGCCUGGUAGGAUCUGCAGCGCCUCUGUGUUCUCAUUUCGUUGACAGCUACUACUGUCUGAGCACAAAUGAUAGGCUGUUCUCGUUGCACCAAACUGUCAUGCUUCACAGUGUAUCAAUCAGUCAUUGUUCUUGGCUGUGCGGUGGGCGUCCAGGAACAAGUGUAUUUGCUCCACAUGGCAGCGGCCUCGCUGGGCCAAAUGUUGUUAGUACACCACUCCUGGUAGCAUUCAGCAUGUAAAGUCUUCCCUGUUUGCUGCCUCCACCCAGGUAAAGCGUGAUUUAAGUUGGACAGGUGCGUAGCCGUCGGGCAAUGCAGCCUUGCGUUCUACGCUCAAUUAACCAAUCUACACAAUCUUUUAAGAG